UUGGUAUUGAUAUUAUAAAUGCUGAAGUUGUAAUUGUUCAACAAGAAAAUGUCAAUAUAAUGGACAUAACAGUGGAAACUCCACAAAAUGUGGAACAAGUAGAGUUGGUAGAAGAGAUGCCUGGCCCUUUGGCAAAGAAAAGGAAGAAAAACGAAAGAGCAUGGAAGAAAACUGUUGCAAAAGUUGCUAGACACCGCCCGAAGGGAUUUCCACAGAUGCCUAGUUGUAAACAUUCGGCCAAAAGUAAGUACCGCUGCGCAGAACUUUCCCUGCAGGAUGUUAGAAAGAUACAUCAGCAAUACUAUAAAGACGCUGACCUUCAAUCAAAGAAGAAUUUUAUUCUUCAGCACGUCAUUGUUUCCUCAGCAAAAAGGACUCGUCUUCCAGAAGGUAUCAAAUCAAAAAGAAAUGUAAGUACUGACUUUUUUCUUACCUAA